CCACGUUGAUGACUUCCUUAAAGGGAACAGAUGCUUUGUUUUCUAAGGCUUUUCCUGGAUAUUUUUCCAGCCUCACCAAAGCUGCUUGGAAUUGUUUCGUCCUUGCUAUUAGCAUCUGCUGGCAUCCUUCCUGUCGGCGCUGGGGGAGGAUAACCCAAAUUUUCCCACAUCUGUGCAAAAUGAGUGAGCUCUGAGAGCUCUCUGUUCCCACGUAACCUACCCCCCUCCCUGAGAUUAAACACACCCCAUCUCCUGCUUUAUUUUUUUGCCUUUUGGGGCUCCUGGAGUGUUUUAGAGGUGGUGCAGUGGCAGGGACUGCCCACCGGCAAAGCGCAGCAUGGCUCAAUGCAGCGGAGCUGGGAUGGAGGUGCAGGAGGUGGGUAGGAGUUGCCUUGGUAACAUUUACGCUGCUGCGGGUACAUUUUUGGUGUCUUAAACAGAAGAUACAGUCCUGGAUUCACGGGAGGAUGAGGGUUAUUCAGAGUCCCCAGACCUGGAGUUUGAAUAUGCAGAUACUGACAAAUGGGCAGCAGAGCUCUCUGAGCUGUACAGCUACACAGAAGGGCCAGAGUUCCUGCUCAACCGCAAGUGCUUUGAGGAAGACUUCAGGAUCCACGUGCGGGACAAGAAAUGGACCGAGCUGGACAAAAACCAGCACCGUACCCACGCCAUGCGCCUUCUUGAUGGGCUGGAGGUCACUGCACGGGAGAAGAGGCUGAAGGUUGCCCGAGCCAUCCUUUACGUUGCCCAAGGCACCUUUGGGGAAUGCGGCUCCGAGGCUGAGGUGCAGGCUUGGAUGAGGUAUAACAUCUUCCUCUUGCUGGAAGUGGGAACAUUCAACGCUUUGGUGGAGCUGCUGAACAUGGAGAUUGAUAACAGCGCAGCAUGCAGCAGCGCCGUGAGAAAGCCGGCCAUCUCCCUGGCUGACAGCACGGACCUGAGGGUGCUGCUCAACAUCAUGUAUCUGAUCGUGGAGACUGUUCGUCAGGAAGCCGAGGGGGACAAACCCGAGUGGAAGAGCACGAGACAGACCUUCCGAGCAGAGCUGGGAGCCCCCCUGUACAACAACGAGCCCUUCUCCGUCAUGCUCUUUGGGAUGGUGACCAAAUUCUGCAGCGGCCAUGCUCCUCACUUCCCCAUGAAGAAGGUGCUGCUCUUGCUGUGGAAGACUGUGCUGUGCACCCUGGGGGGCUUCGAGGAGCUCCAGAGCAUGAAGGCAGAGAAGCGGGAGAUUCUGGGCCUCCCGCCGCUCCCGGAGGACAGCAUUAAAGUGAUCCGCAACAUGCGAGCUGCCUCCCCGCCCGCGUCUGCCUCCGAUCUGAUCGAGCAGCAGCAGAAGCGAGGCCGGCGGGAGCACAAGGCCCUGAUUAAGCAGGAUAACCUUGAUGCCUUCAACGAGCGGGACCCUUACAAAGCUGACGACUCCCGUGAGGAAGAGGAGGAAAAUGAUGAUGAUAACAGCCUGGAGGGAGAGACCUUCCCCCUUGAAAGGGAUGAAGUGAUGCCUCCACCCACCCAGCAUCCCCCCAGCGACCGCAUCACCUGCCCCAAGGGGCUGCCCUGGGCCCCCAAGGUCCGAGAAAAGGACAUUGAGAUGUUUCUGGAGUCCAGCCGCAGCAAAUUCAUUGGCUACACGCUGGGCAGUGACACCAACACCGUGGUGGGCUUGCCCAGGCCCAUCCACGAGAGCAUCCGAACCCUGAAGCUGCACAAGUACACGUCGAUCGCAGAGGUGCAAGUGCACAUGGAGGACGAGUACCUGCGCUCUCCGCUCUCUGGGGGGGAAGAAGAAGUGGAGCAAGUCCCUGCGGAGAUCCUGUACCAGGGCCUCCUACCAAGCCUGCCGCAGUACAUGAUCGCUCUGCUGAAGAUCCUCCUUGCUGCAGCCCCCACUUCCAAAGCCAAGACAGACUCCAUCAACAUUCUGGCGGAUGUCUUGCCAGAGGAGAUGCCGACCACAGUGCUGCAGAGCAUGAAGCUGGGAGUGGAUGUCAAUCGGCACAAGGAAAUCAUCGUUAAAGCCAUUUCUGCAGUGCUGCUCCUCCUGCUCAAGCACUUCAAGCUGAAUCACAUCUACCAGUUUGAGUACAUGGCCCAACAUCUGGUCUUUGCCAACUGCAUCCCGCUCAUCCUGAAGUUCUUCAACCAGAACAUCAUGUCCUACAUCACUGCCAAGAACAGCAUUUCCGUCCUGGACUACCCAUACUGCGUGGUGCAUGAGCUGCCGGAGCUGACAGCAGAGAGCCUGGAAGCUGGAGACAACAACCAGUUCUGCUGGAGAAACCUCUUCUCCUGCAUAAACCUCCUGCGCAUCCUGAACAAGCUGACCAAGUGGAAGCACUCCCGCACCAUGAUGCUGGUGGUGUUCAAGUCAGCACCCAUCCUGAAGCGGGCGCUGAAGGUGAAGCAGGCCAUGAUGCAGCUCUACGUGCUGAAGCUGCUCAAGGUACAGACCAAGUACCUGGGCCGGCAGUGGAGGAAGAGCAACAUGAAGACCAUGUCAGCCAUCUACCAGAAAGUGCGGCACCGUCUCAAUGACGACUGGGCUUACGGCAACGACCUGGACGCCCGUCCCUGGGACUUCCAGGCGGAGGAGUGCGCCCUGCGUGCCAGCAUCGAGCGCUUCAACUCGCGUCGUUACGACCGGGCGCACAGCAACCCCGAUUUUCUGCCUGUGGACAACUGCCUGCAGAGUGUGCUGGGCCAGCGCGUGGAUCUGCCCGAGGAUUUCCAGGUCAACUACGACCUGUGGCUGGAGCGGGAGGUCUUCUCCCGACCCAUCUCCUGGGAGGAGCUGCUGCAGUGACAUGAUGGGAAGGCAGGAUGGGGGUGCUUUGGGGAGAUCUCGAGGCUGGCCUGCUGCCAAGGGGCAGGGGGAACGAGGAUUUCAGGAGGCCUAUGGGUGCCUGGAUCCCCUGUGGUGGGCUCAGGAAGAGGUGGGGGCUGCGGUGUCCUCGCCCAGAUGCCAUCCUGCUGCUCUGCCUCCUUCCAGGCUGUGCCAGGCUCAACCUCGAGCUGAGGGUGAGGGUUUGGUGGAGACCACGGUGCCCUUGGGAGUCUCCUGUUGGGUGGGGGGGACCUGUGUGCACCCCUGGUUGAUGCUUUUGGAGGCAGCGCUGCCAUCCUCCUCCUGCUGCCUGACAAGCUAGGGCUGAGAAGGGGGAGCAGCCGGCAAAGCGGGGUGUUGGGCGCUGCUGUGGCAGGAAAACAGCCUGUCCCCCUGCCCGUAGCCUGCCUGGGGAUGUGGUGGCGGGGUUGGGGAUGCUGGGAGGGCGAUGGUGGGGAGGUUUAGGGGCUGUCCUCUCACCGACGGGCUGGGGAGGGCUGGAGGCUGCAGUCUUCCCUCGCCCCGCUGGGUGGGGUGGAUGAGCUGUACAGAUACAUAUAUAUAUAUAUAUAUACAUACAUCUAUUUCCUGGUAUCUCUGAGCCGAGCGUGUUUGGGCUCUGUCUGUAUCCCUGUCCCUCCUGUCCCGGGUGGAUCCAGCGAUGAGGCUGAGCUCGUGCCUGGGGUUCGUUGUCUCGUGUCCUUGACCCCACUCCUCAAGUCCCCUUGGCGUAGGUUAUCUGUCACCGAAAGAUUUAAUAUUUAUUUCUCUUUCAACCACAUGGUGACCUCAGGGGGCUGUGGGCAGGAGCUGGCAGGUUCAGGCAGGCAUUUGCCUGUCCCCUUCCCUGAACCCUCCCGAGUUCUGCCCUGGCAUUUCUGACACCGGCAUUGUGGUGUCACUGGGAUUUCUUUCUCCCUGGGGCAUCCAACCCACCAUCCCCAAAGCCUGCCCUUGGCAGAGCUCACCCUUCCACCUUGCUGUGCCUCAGUUUCCCUGGCAGAGAGGCAGCAGCAGCCCCAGCCAGCUCAGGUGGGUGGAAUCCAGAGAGAUUCACCCGGUUUGAGGGGGCAGAGGCAGGGCACGGGCAGAGGAGGCUGUUUGCUGCCUGUGGGCAGCGGGAGGCUGGGGCAGCCCUGGUUUACUCCCUGUCUCAUCGGUGCUGAGCACUGGGAUGGGUGGGGACACGGAGCCAGAGCCCAGCGAUCCCCUCCAAGGUACUGCACAGAUCAGGGGGCUGGGUCCUGAGCAGGAUCUGGCCAGGGGGUGCAUUGCAAUGGGUGACAUACGUAUUUGCAAAGUGGGCUGAGCCCCCCUGCAGGGUGCUUUCCUUCCACCUAGGGUGCCCCUAGCACCCACCCCAUCACCCAAAACCCAGUCCUGGUGCAGGAGCUGGCCUGGGGAGCCUGGCAGGAUGCUCGCAGAUGAGGUGUGAGCCGAGCUCUCCAUCACACCUCGCUCCCCUCCGCCUGCUCCAAAAUGUUCCCCAGCUGUGCCGGGCGAUCACAGACUGCGGCUUUUAUAGUGCUGCCAGAGCCAUAAAUAACUUAUUAAAAA